GGGGCGCUCUCGGCCCCUGAGUUCGGGCGUUUAAAGUGCGUCCUCUCGGCUUGGCGGCUGCGGCAGAGAGGCGUGCGGGUCGGAAUGUCGGGUUUGCCCACCGUCCCGGAGCAGGGGCGCCCGGAGCAGAGCGCGCCAGAUUCGCUGCGCGCACGCUUUGUGCUGGGGCUGGACGUGGGCAGCUCGGUGAUUCGCUGCCACGUCUAUGACCGCGCGGCGCGGAUCUGCGGCUCCAGCGCGCAGAAGGUAGAGAGUCUUUAUCCUCAAACUGGCUGGGUUGAAAUUGACCCUGAUGUUCUCUGGCUUCAAUUUGUUGCUGUAGUAAAAGAAUCGGUCAAAGCUGCAGGAAUAGAGAUGAAUCAAAUUGUUGGUCUUGGAAUUUCAACACAGAGAGCAACUUUUAUUACGUGGAACAAGAAAACGGGAAAUCAUUUCCACAACUUCAUUAGUUGGCAAGAUCUCAGAGCUAUUGAACUUGUAAAAUCUUGGAAUAGUUCUCUUUUAAUGAAGCUCAUUCACAGUUCCUGCCGAGUGCUGCACUUUUUCACUAGGAGUAAACGAUUUCUAGCAGCCAGUUUGUUCACUUUCACAACCCAGCAUGUUUCUUUGAGACUGGCCUGGAUUUUGCAAAACCUGACUGAGGUGCAAAAGGCGAUUGAAGAGGACAACUGCUGCUUUGGGACUGUUGACACCUGGUUGUUACAUAAGCUCACGAAAGGUUCUGAAUUUGCCACGGAUUUUUCAAAUGCCAGUACAACUGGACUUUUCGACCCAUAUGAGAUGUGUUGGAGCAAGUUCAUCACCUCCCUGCUUUCCAUCCCACUCUCUCUCCUGCCUCCUGUGAGGGAUACGAGCUACAAUUUUGGAUCAGUGGAUGAAGAGGUAUUUGGUGUGCCUAUACCAAUAGUGGCCUUGGUCGCUGACCAGCAAUCAGCCAUGUUUGGAGAAUGCUGCUUUCAGACAGGAGACGUGAAGUUAACCAUGGGAACUGGGACAUUUUUGGAUAUUAAUACUGGAAAUAACCCUCAGCAGAGUGUUGGAGGCUUUUAUCCAUUAAUUGGGUGGAAGAUUGGGCAAGAAGUUGUAUGCUUAGCUGAAAGCAAUGCAGGAGACACUGGCACUGCCAUAGAAUGGGCUCAACACUUAGAUCUGUUCACAGAUGCUGCUGAAACUGAAAAAAUGGCCAGAAGUUUGGAAGAUUCUGAAGGAGUUUAUUUUGUUCCAUCUUUUAGUGGAUUGCAGGCUCCAUUAAAUGACCCGUGUGCAUGUGCCUCUUUCAUGGGUUUGAAGCCUUCUACCACUAAAUACCAUCUUGUACGAGCAAUAUUGGAGUCAAUAGCUUUCAGAAACAAACAAUUAUUUGAGGUGAUGCAGAAAGAGAUCCAUGUUCCUGUAAGAAAAAUACGGGCAGAUGGAGGCGUUUGUAAGAACAGUUUUGUCAUGCAGAUGACUUCGGACCUGAUUAAUGAGCCGAUAGACAGACCGGUCCACGUUGAUAUGUCGUGCGUAGGUGCAGCUUCUCUAGCGGGCCUUGCUGUUGGGUUUUGGACUGACAAGGAGGAACUAAAGAAACUGAGGCAAAGUGAAAUGGUUUUCAAGCCACAGAAGAAAUGGCAAGACUAUGAAAUGAGCAUGGGCAGCUGGGUCAAAGCAGUGAGACGCUCCAUGAACUGGUACCACAAGUUAUAGCACUGCCGGGAUGGCGGGAACGGCCGACGGCUGGUGGCUGGGGCGUGCGAUGAGACGAAGCUCCAGAAUAAUGGUACAACGAGGCCUGAGAAGAAAUUUAGACUGAGCUUUGCCACCCCGGAGAAAAAGCACUGCUUUUUUUUGAGGCGGGGGGAACCCCUCAUUUCAAAAAAUCUAAACCUUGGUAAGAUUGUAAGGCCACAAUACCUCAGAACUUUUUAAUCUCCUGUUUUGUAGCAAAAUUCCAAAGGACAUUAGCCAUUUCCAAGCAUGUUUUGACAGUCACGGCUCCUCCUCCUUUUUAUACUGGGCCAAUAUGAACAUAUUUCUUUGCUAUCUGAGUUAACAGUUCUGGGUCAAGCACCAUUUGUGUUUUGUUCCAGAAUUAUGUGAAAGUGUUCCCUAAUUCUUUAAAAUUAAGUGAGCUAUUUGAAGUCUAUAUAGCUAAAAAGAAAGAAUAACUGAGGACAUGUGGGAUUUUGAAACAUUAAUGCCCUAAUUUUUUGAACACUUAAAGCCAUGAUUGUUCGAUUUUAUAUCCAAGUAUGAGCUCCGUAUGUCUUUCUCAGGCUUAUUUGGUGAUCCGUUCUUUCCUUGAUUGGGCUUAAGAGAUAACUGCCUUAAUUUUUCCUUAUUUAACCAAAAAUUGGAGCUUCCUUUAAUACUGAAAAAAUAGUUUUAGUUAAUAAAACUCAAAAGGAUAUUGAUUCAUAAGGAACAAGAAAAGGCUAGACUUUACUUCUUAAAUAGCAUUUCUUUCAAAAACUGGCUAAAGUAUUAACAUCCCAUUUUUUACAACGUGCAGGUAGUAAAUAUAAAUCUUGCCUUUCUUCCCCUGUUCUCCCUCUUAUUUGUUGAGAUGCUAACACAAACAUCUUUUGUUUUUAUCAAGUGCCUAACUGACAGAGCUUAAUUUAACAAAAGUGACCUAAUUCACUGGUGACUGAAGAAUCGCCUUCGUUGGGGUAUUUUACCUACCCAGGUAUUUUUUUCAUUUUUGGUCCACUCUACUCAUCUCUCUGAGAUUUGUGCAAGGGAGUAGCUGCCAGAGGUGAUGGGAGUGUGUUCAUGCUAGUGACUGCCCCUUGGCCACCGAGCCAGACAUCCAUGGAGAGGAGCAGGGAAGAUUCUACACGUGCAGAUUCUCUUGCUGGAAACAAGGUAGGAGGUGUAAGAGCUGGGUGUGGCAUCAGGCUGGGUAACAUUUUCUAAGGCAAGUUGACCACCUUCCAACCUGUUCUCAUGUUAUUCGCCCCUCCAUACUUGUGAGCUAGAUUCACUUUAGAUUUGCAGCAAUAAUGUAUUUAUUUCUCUCUGGGUCAGGCUUAUCACGUAAAGUCCUACUGUUAAAGAGCUAGCUGUUAAGUAAUAAUGUAAUUAAAGAGGUGACUGUUGUAGGGAAUUUUGCUGUUGCCAUGGUAUAUACCCAUUUCAGACAGAUAAUAGAUAUUAAGAUUUGGAAAUAUUUUUGUUAAGUGCAGGUGUUUUGUUUAAUAAGUCAGAUCCCCUUAUGUAGAUAAUAUCUAUUCUUGUUUUCAUUCUUUCUGCUUUCCACGUUGUUUACAAAGCUUAGUGGCCAAUUAAAAGCUUUCUUCUCAAACUCAUAUGAAAGCCACUUCGUUUUACUAUUUCUUAUAGAUUCUGCUUCUCAGUGGGUAUGACUUCCAUAGGAAAUAACUGUCUUUUUGUAUUGGGAUAUGCUCAAUUGUAACGUUAUUAAUACUUGAAAGUUUGUUGGUUCAUUUAUUUUCUGCAUUCUUCUUUCUACUCAUAAAACCACAAAAUAAAGGAAAAAAAGCCUUUAGAUAAUGUGGGAAAAUACCUUUGAAUGUCUUUCACUGGAAUUGAGCAUCUUCUCAAAAAUCAGUGGCAAAUUUUUUUUCUUCUGUUGCCCUAGAAAUUAAUGUCUAUUUUUAAUAUUUCUGGACUUUUUUUUUAAGUAACACAGUUUAUUAAGUCCUUUGUCAGAUUUUACCUAAAUCAGAAAUGUGUCCGCUUUUGCUUUUGUGGUUGUAGAAACUGUUCGUUAUCAAAAUCAAUUGAGAAAAAAAUCAUCCUAUCUUUCAGUUUUUUUUUCAUGUGUAUGCUAAUAAUUCAAGUUAAAAAAAAUUCUAUGCUAACAUUUCUCAGCAUGUUUUAUUUUGUCACUAUGGAUCUAUCAGAGUUUUUAAGAGGUCUGUAGCUAUCUUAUCAAGGUGAGGAAUCUUUCUGUACAAUCCUUAGAGUGGUACUAAUUGCUUUUAUACUGUAAACUUACUGAUUUUUAAAUUUUUGUAUAUCCAGCCAUGACAUGGUUUCUCAACCUCUGCAUCAUUGACAACUGAGGCUAGAGAAUUCUUUGUUUUGGGGUGCUGUGCAUUAUAGGAUGUUUAGCAGAUCCCUGACCUCUACCUGCUAGCUGCUGCUGGUAGCAUUCCUCUCCUUAUGGUGGUUCAGAAUGUCUCCAAACACUGUCAGAUGUCCCCAUGGGAGACAGUGGCCCCAGAUGAGAACCACUGAUGUAGUCUGUUGGAAGAAAAUUGAAGACUCAAUGAAUGUAGACUGUCUAUCAUACUCCUUUUCUCUCUGCCUAGGAAAUGGUUGUUCGCAGAAAAGAAGUGGUAGUCUCUUAAGAUAAAUAGAGCUUCUACUUUGCUGGUUAAUGAGGUAAAGAAAAAAAAAAUCUCAUGUUGUCAUUGUCUUCUGCUGUUUUUAUCCACCCACCCCCACCCCCAGGUCUGUAUCCUCUGCAGCCUUAAUGAGUGAGUUUAUGAUUUCAGUAUAGAAUUAGUGUAGUCUGCAGAUCAUCUUUGAUUUGAUCUGCCUUCUUGUUUCUGUCCCAUCUCUGAACAAAGGAGAUGAUCACUCCUUUUAUCUGCCUCUGUCCAAGCCUCCACCAAACUAGAAGUUUCCUGAAAGCAGAAACUGUGUCUACUUCUGCAGAACUUGACUCUGUGCCUUCAUAUUUGUAGCAUGAAUUUUUACUUUGUGUUUAUAAGUGCAACUUUCUUUUUGCAUAUACUUUUUGUCUUUGAUCUUACAUAUUGAUGUUACAUACAUUUUUGGAUAGGGAGCAGCUUACACUUGUUGCAAAAUAUGUUUUGUUGGAUUAAGAAGGACUACUUUGCUAUGAGAACUGUAAGCCUAAUACUUUUUUAUUUUAAAAUUCUUCAUAUGUUUGUAUACUUGUAUCUGUAUUUGUGUGGAGACACACAUAGUUAUAUUAACUUUUAAGGUACAACUGGCGCCUUUCCAUUCACAGAUUUCGUGUACUUGACUGCAUGUGACUAACAGACUGACUCUUAAGAAUUCCAAAGACUCUGGUAUUAGAGGGAAGAUACUUCAGAAAUGGCCCCUUCUGCAAGGCACUCCUGCUGACGAGUAGUCUUUAAUUAAAAAUAAUCUAGCUCAGGAGUUUGGCAAUCAUUUUAAAAUUCUUUGAGGGGAGACAUAGCUGGAGUUCCUCAACUUUAAGCGGUUCCAGAUCAUCCCAGAGAUAAGCCUAGAAGGCUUGAAUCUACCCCAGAGGAUUCUUAUUUCCUCUGGGAAAUUUAUAGCAUGGUUCUCAAUUAGAAUUAAAAUCCCAAACACACCCUGGAACUAUCCGGUCCCAGAGUUAUCAUCUUGGAUACCCAAAGCCAGGUUGUCUGGUUAAAACCAGUCUAAAUGGGUAACCCCAAAGAAGUUAAAGAGGCUUCAGGAAUCACAUUGGUUUCUUAAGUUUUGGGUCCUCAGAGCUGUAACUGUUUUGGCACCAGCAUCUAUUCUCAGUCACUGGCUAUUUAGUCACCACAUUUCCAGGGGACCUUUGUCCCUAGAGGGAUGCACAAAUGAGCUUGGGAAUGGCGGUGUUAGAGGCAGGAACCUGCAGAAUGAGAUGUUUCUGAAAUUCUCUGUCACUUGAUUUCCACUGUCCGCCCCUCCCCCACUUUACAUUACACUUGGUUUAUUAAAAUAAAAUGGCUAUGUCUGUACAGAUAUCUAUUUUGUUUAGAAAAUAAAUAAGGUUUCAAAUUUAAAUGAGCCAUAUCUUUACAAGAAGCUGCCAAGCAGUUCUCCAGAGGAACUGCACCAUGUAACAUUCCCACCAGCAGUGCGAAAGAAUGAUCCAGUUUCUCCACAUUCUCACCAGCGUUAGAUGUUGUCAGACAGCAUUUUUCACUUGAGCCACUGAGAUAAGUGUGUGGUUUUUCUCGUCGUGGAUUGAAUUUGCAUUUCCCUAAUUAAUAAUGAUGUUGAACAUCUUUUUGUGUGGUCUUUUGCCAUCUGUUUAUACUUUUCAGUGAAAAGUCCGUAUCUUUUGUGCAAUUGCUAAUUGGGUUGUUUGCUAGAUGAGUCGUACCUUUUCUAAGUAAUAUCUUUUUUAAAAAGUUAAAAAAAAUCAGCCCAGUGACUUAAGAAGUCAUUAAGUAGCAUUUUCAAAUCUUUGUGGGCAAAAUGUAUAUAACAUUUGAACAUGACUUAAGAGUUCUCAUAUUCCUUCCAUACUCAUUAUAUAGUGUGGUACUCAUAGCAAAAAGUUUCAAAGAUACCUUCACUUAGAAUGGUAAGUAAAAUGUAUAAAUAUGUUUUGUACAUAGCUAUCAUAAUGGUUCUAAUAUUUUUAAUUUAAAAUGAGCUGAUUUGUAUAAAUAUUUCAGGGUGAUUUUGUGGGAAAUGAAUUCAAAAUGUUCCUAUUUGUGCAAAAUAGUUAAUAUAGAUUCCAGUUUAUAUGCAUCAAUAAGUUUACAAUCAUAUUUCUCUGAGAUUCUUUACAUAUUUUGUAGUUUUAUUAAAUAGUCAUUGAGAACCUCGUAAAUCAUCAUCAAGAUCUAUACAUAAAAUCUAGAAUGCAGAAGAAAAGGAAUCUUUUUCAUAAGUAUGGGAAUUUCCCCCUUCCCUUUUUGUCUACUUUAACUUUUGGAUUUGUUUUUAAAAAUUUUUUACCUAGAAAUUCUUAUUUAAUACUAUUUCCUGUUUGGGUUUCUGCACAUCAAGAAUGUCACAGAGAAAUAAGCAUAUGUUAACUGGAGUUUGACUCAAGAUAAAUUUGGGCUUGUGUUUCCUUUUUAACUGGAAGGGGAAAAAAUGGGCCUUAGUGUGGUUAGAGAAGAAAGGUUUUCUGUAACCUUCCCUCUUCAGAUCCUGUUUAGGCUUAUUCUAUAUUCUACAUUCUUUCACAAAGGAAAUUACUAGAGAAGAGAGUUAAUUCUUUGUGGUGGAAAAGAAAAAGAAUGAUACAAUAUGUUGUGAAAAUAUACUGUCUAUUUAAAUGUUUAGAAAAAUGUUAAAUAACUGGAGGAAACAUGAUUUCAAAUACUAAUUUGAUGGAAUUAAACUAGCAGAUGUUUAAAAUCCCUUAUGAAAAUUAUCAUUAAAAUGAUUUGAGAAACAAUAAUGAAACAGUGAAUGACUGAUCGAUACAUGUGUAUUAAAGCCAUUUUUAUUAUGU